AUGGAGAAUCCUCCCAGAGCAGCCGAACUACCGCAGCCGCAGGUCUUCCGAGAAGCGUGCGAAGAAUGCCAUCAGCGCAAGAUCCGAUGCAUCUCCGGCCAUGGAGCCUGCCAGAACUGCGUUGUCUGGGGGCGCGACUGCGUCUUCCGGCCUCGUAGCGUCAUGGGCCGUCCGCGAAAGCAGAAGACGAGCUCUUCGACGGAGCGAGGGACUACAUCCAAGCGGCAGAAGCAGCAGCAGCAGCAGCAGCAGCAGCAGCAGCAGCAAGAACAACAGGAACAGCAGCAGACCCUGGACAGUUCGGCGCUGCUGUCUUGUGCCAGCAGACCAACUCCCCCUCUGGAUACGGCGUUCUCCCUCCCCCACAUCCUGUUCCGGCUGUGCCAGCUCAGCGAUCGACUGUUCUCACAGGAUCCCGCCUCCCACGAAGGCCUGCUGCCGAAGAUCUUCAAGCACGUCUCGACAUUCUGCGAGAUGCAGGCCAUGGACCUCCGCAUGCAGCCGGAGAGCGAGACGCAGUCGAUGGUACAGCUGGCCCUGCUGAUCAUCUCCUCCGUGCUGAAGAUCUACAGCCUGCUGGUGCAGAACCGCGACGCGAUGCUGACUGCGCGGCAGCUGGAGUCGCUUGUUGGUGUCGACGAGCCAGUAGCCAGCAGCAUGCCACGACCCCCGACCCCCAGCACCAUCUCGUCGCCUCCUGCCAGCAGUGGCUUCUGCCAAGACGUCUUCCAACGAACGCCGUUCCGGCGCCGACUGGCCAUUCUGCUGCACCUGACCGUGAUGGACUACCAUCUGGGCCAAUUCCAAUGCAUCCUCUCGCACUUCUCCUCCACCCUGGGCCAGCAAAUGGUUGCCGAGGAAGUCAAGAAAAAUAACAGCGACGCGGCCGGGCUGCGAGCGCAGAUCCAACUUGUGGCGGAAGGGCUGAAAGUCACCUACUUGGAGUAG